AUGAAAUAAAUAUUGGAUCUUCAAAAGCUUAUUACUUUUAGACAUUUAAUGCAUUAGAAUCCAGAAGCUUCAUUAAAAGAAUUCUAAACUCAAAAGAAUGUAAGAGAAUUCUUAAUUGGUUUAAAUAUUAAAGAGGAUGUAAUUAAAGUGUGUGGAACAACAGGAUUAAUUGUUGAUUUGAGUGGAGAGGCAGAAAAGGCUGGAGAUGAUAGAUUAAUUGCAUUUAGAGCAGAUAUUGAUGCAUUAGUAUUAAAUGAAGCCAAUGAACAUCUUCCAUAUAGAAGUACAAAUGGAUGUGCCCAUAUGUGUGGACAUGAUGGUCAUACAACUUGUCUUUUGGCUUUUGCAUAGAUCUUUUAACAUUAUAAAAAUACUAUUCCUAAAAAUAAAACAGUGAGAUUAUUAUUUUAACCUGCAGAAGAAGAUUAUGGAGGUUCUGUUGAUAUGAUACGUGAUGGAUGUUUAGAAAAUGUAUAGGAAGUAUAUGGAUUUCAUUAAUGGCCUACUGCUAAGAUUGGGUAAGUAUGGUGUAAAGAAGGAUCAAUGAUGUCUCAACCUAUUCAGAUGUAAUUUGAUUUUGUGGGGAAAGGUGGUCAUGCAUCUGAACCACAUAAAUUUAAUAAUCCAGUUUAAUGUGCAGCUGAAUAUCUAUACACUAUUCAUAAUUAAUUAAGUUAAGAAAAGGGAUAAUUUACUUUUGCAUGGACAUGUUUCAAUGGUGGCACAGCUUUCAAUGUCAUUCCAGAUACUGCUACUGUUAAAGGUAUGAUACGUUCAUUAGAGGCUGGUCUUGGUGAUAGAUUGUUUAAUGAUGUAUUAUUAUAUCUCUUAUUAUAUAUUAGUGUUGUAGUGUUGCAGAGAAGACAUGUUAAAAAUAUGGAUGUAGUGUCAAAGUUUAAAGAUAAGCAGAAAACUAUCCUUUGACUGCCAAUCAUCCAAAAGAAGCAUAACACAUAUUAAGACUUGGUGAAAAAUAUUUUGGUGCUGGUAAUGCACAUGCUGGUCCUUGUCCUGUUUAUGCCUCUGAAGAUUUUGGAAAUUAUACUCUUAAAGUACCUGGAGCUUUCUUCUUUUUGAGUUCAGGAAAAAAGUAAAAUAUUCCUAAUAAUUUUAUAAUUAGUGAUACAAACAAUCCUAUGUUGCAUUAAUCAAAUUUUGAUUUUAAUGAUGAUCUCAUUGAAUUGGGUGCUGGAUUUUGGUGGGAAAUUGCCAAAGAUCGUCUAUUAAUAUGA